CCUUUGCCUCCGGACUUCUCUGGGGCCAGCAGCCGCCCGACCUGGGGCCCGGGGCCACGGGCUCAGCCGACGACCAUGGGCUCGGUGUCCAACCAGCAGUUUGCAGGUGGCUGCGCCAAGGCAGCGGAGAAGGCGCCAGAAGAGGCGCCGGCUGACGCGGCCCGAGCGGCAGACGAGCCGCAGCUGCUGCACGGGGCCGGCAUCUGUAAGUGGUUCAACGUGCGCAUGGGGUUCGGCUUCCUGUCUAUGACCGCCCGUGCCGGGGUCGCGCUCGACCCCCCGGUGGACGUCUUUGUGCACCAGAGCAAGCUGCACAUGGAAGGUUUCCGAAGCCUCAAGGAGGGUGAGGCAGUGGAGUUCACCUUUAAGAAGUCUGCCAAGGGUCUAGAGUCCAUCCGCGUCACUGGCCCUGGUGGCGUGUUCUGUAUUGGGAGUGAGCGACGGCCAAAGGGGAAGAGCAUGCAGAAACGAAGAUCCAAAGGAGACAGGUGCUACAACUGUGGUGGGCUAGACCACCAUGCCAAGGAAUGCAAGCUGCCACCCCAGCCCAAGAAGUGCCACUUUUGCCAAAGCAUCAGCCAUAUGGUGGCCUCAUGUCCACUGAAGGCCCAGCAGGGCCCCAGUUCUCAGGGAAAACCUGUCUACUUCCGGGAGGAGGAAGAAGAGAUCCACAGCCCUACCCUGCUCCCAGAAGCCCAGAAUUGAGGCCCAGGAGUAGGGGUUAUUCUUUGGCUAAUGGGGAGUUUCAGGGAGGAGGCAUCAAUCCGCAGAGUGGAGAAAGUGGGAAUCGGGUGGGUUGCGUGGGUAGCUUGCACUGUCAUAUGACAUCUCAGGCCGGGGUUCCCAGUGUCACCCUGUCUUUCCUUGGAGGGAAGGAAAGGGUGAGGCAAAGGAACUCCUACCACGCUCCAUCUAGAAGCAAGUGAAAGCUUUUGUGGGGAACCACCCUAGAAUCUGCAUGCUUUAUCUGAGGCUCUAAUGGGCUCUGCUGAGUGGCUGUUACAGGGGAGAAGCCCUUCUGUAGAAGGCUGUGUGACAGUUCCCUUGCUAGACAGGAUGUGAAACAAGUGUCAAACCAAGAUUAAUGAACCUAACCCUCCAGCUUCUAUGUUCUGUAGAAGAGACUCUCAGGUUAUUUCCACAGGGCGCUUCCUCAUAACCCAGUCCUGCCAUGCUGUGCUGGGAAGAGUCCCUAGCAACGGGUUGUGAUCACAGGCAAAGAGGGUGGUUGGGGGGACAACUGCAGACCUGCUGCUCCCACCUCACUCCCAGCCCUUUCUGGGCCAAUGGGAUUUUAAUUUAUUUGCUCCCUUGGGUAACUGCACCUUGGGUCCCACUUUCUCCAGGAUGCCAACUGCACUAUCUAUGUGCGAAUGACGUAUCUUGUGCGUUUUUUUUUCCUUAAUAUAAAUAUUGGGUUUGUAUUUUUGUAUAUUUUAAUCUUAAGGCCCUCAUUCCUGCACUGUGUUCUCAGGUACAUGAGCAAUCUCAGGGAUAAGUCCGUAGCAGCUCCAGGUCUGCACAGCAGGAAUACUUAACUUUGUUUUGAUCACCAUGGAGACCAACCAUUUGGAGUGCACAGCCUGUUGAACUACCUCAUUUUUGCCGAUUACAGCUGCCUUUUCUGCCAUAGCGUCCUUGAAAAAUGUCUCACAGGUUUUGAUUGAGCUGCCCCGAGACUUGAUCUGGUUUUGGCAAAACAUAGGAAAUCAGUCUAAACCGGAAAGGGUGGUACAGAGACAUUAAAAAGCCGGGCCAGGGAUUGGGGAUUUAGCUCAGUGGUAGAGCGCUUGCCUAGGAAGCGCAAGGCCCUGGGUUAGGUCCCCAGCUCUGGAAAAAAAAGAACCAAAAAAAAAAAAAAAAAAAAAAAAAAAGCUGGGCCAGUGAAAGGCGCAAGAGUAACUUUCCAUACCAAAUUCAUCCUUUUGCCAGAUUAAUCUAAGCCUGCCAUGCACAGCAGGGUGUGUUUGUGUGUGUGUAUGUUGAUUUUUUUUCAAUGCAAAUUUAUGAGGAAGAGGUGUUUUUUUAUUGUUUGAUUGCUUUUUUUAUACUGGGGAUUGAACCAUGGGCUUCAUUUAUGCUAGGAAGUACCCUGCCACUGAGUUAUCCUGGUAAGGAUGCAAUUUAAGACCAAUAUCUUAUUCCCACAUUGUGCUGUCCAGGUAUGGGAACAUGAGGCAAGGACUCAAAUCCUUAGCCUUUCACAAUCUUGGCUUCCAGAGAGACUCAACGAGUGUGGGCCUCUGUGGCAAGUGUCCUGCCCUGCUGUAGUGUGAUGGUUGAUAGCUAACGAGGGGGGGGGGGUAAAGUUUCGUUUACGUACUUAGAGAUCACCACAAACCUACCUCACUGUGUUGAAACGGGACAAAUGCAAUAGAACACAUUGGGAGGUGUGUGUGUGUCUGAUCCUGGUUUCUUGUUUCCCCCAAAUGCUGCCCCCACCCCUAGUUAAUUGUAUUCGUCUGGCCUUUGUAGGACUUUACUGUCUGAGUUGGUGACUGCUAGGUGGUCUAGUUGUGUAAAUAUAAAUGUGUUGGUCUUCAUGUUCUUUUGGGGUUUUAUUGUUUACAAAACUUUUGUCGUAUUGAGAGAAAAAUAGGCAAAGCAUCUUUGACAGAAAGUUCUGCACCAGACUACACCAUCUGAAACCGAAAUGUGGGGUCCUCUUCCCAAAGUGAGCAUCUGGGAACCAAUGGCUUUCCCUCCUGUGAUCCUUCUGUCUCCCACUCUGGACCACAAUGACCUUACAACCAGCCCCUCUUCUCCCUCAUAAGAAAACUCAGGCUCAGUUACUUCUUUGAGCUUCUCUACAGCUUUUGAAAGACCUAUGUAAAAGUUCUGAAGAAGCCAUGAACUUCAUACUCUCUCCCCCUUGUUCCCUAACUCAGUGAGGAGUUUUGGUUGGUGCUUUUGAGACCGGGUCUCAGGUUCCUGGCUAUCCUCCGGCCUCAGACUCCUCUGUGCAGGGACUGCAGGUGAGCCCCUUCUCCCUGGCAAGACCAUUUCAUGGUGUGAUUUACCUUUGGACAGAUCCAACCAACGUAAUCUGUCACCCUUAGGUAGAGAGAAGCAGUUGUGGGGCCUUCCAUGUAGAAGGUGGAAUUCAAAGUUCAGGAAGGGACUAUGAAUGUACGUAAAGUUGAGACACUCAGGAACUUAAUGCCGGUGCAAGAAACUUAUGUCAAAGUGGCCACAAGAUUGUUACUAGGAGACGGACGAAUGUAUCUCCAUGUUUACUGCUAGAAACCAAAGCUUUGUGAGAAAUCUUGAAUUUAUGGGGAGGGUGGGAAAGUGUGUACUUGCCUGUCCUUUCCCUGAUAUCUUUCCUGAACUGCAGGAGACUAAGCCCCCUGGGGCUUUGGUGACCCCACCCCUGGGGUGUUUUAUUUCAUGGUUGAGUUUUGCUGUCCCCGGGUACUUAUAUUCCUAUCGUAUAAUCAUUUUGUAACACAUGCUGACUUUACCUUCCCUUCUCUUCCCUGGGAAAAAUAAAGACUUAUUGGUACUCCAAAAUUGGUACUG